AUGGCAUCAUUCUUUUCUGAUUUUGGCCUUAUGUGGUACUUGGAAGAGCUAAACAAGAAGGAAUUCAUGAAGUUUAAAGAAUUCCUCAAACAGGAGAUUUUGCAAUUGGGGCAGAAACAGAUUUCUUGGACAGAAGUGAAGAAGGCAUCUCGGGAAGAACUUGCCAACUUACUGUUGAAACAUUAUGAAGAGAAGCAAACCUGGGACAUGACCUUUGAAAUUUUUGAGAAGCUCAACAGGAAGGAUCUCGUUGAGAGGGCACAAAGAGAGAUUGCUGGACACCCAAAGUUAUAUCGAGCUCAUUUGAAGAAGAAGCUGACCCAUUAUGGUUUCAGAGCAUUCAGCAUUAGUAUUCAGGAUUUCUUUAAGGAGAAAUUCACCAAGGAAGACUGUGAUUAUUUUGAGAGUCUUCUUCUAUCAACGAGAACUGAAACACACCCACACAUGGUGUUCAUGAAUGGUGUUGCUGGAAUUGGCAAAACACUGAUGCUGAAGAAGUUUAUGCUUGCCUGGUCAGAAGGCCUGGUGUCUCAGAACAGAUUUUCCUACAUCUUCUACUUCUGCUGUCAAGAUGUGAAGCAGUUGAAGACAGCUAGCCUGGCUGAACUGAUCUCCAGAGAGUGGCCCAAUGCCUCAGCUCCCAUAGAGGAGAUACUAUCGAAACCUGAGAAGCUCUUAUUUAUCAUCGAUAGCUUAGAAGUGAUGGAAUGUGAUAUGUCAGAACGGGAAUCUCAGCUGUGCGAUAACUGCAUGGAGAAGCAGCCAGUGAAUAUACUGAUGAGCAGUUUGCUCAGGAGGAAGAUGCUUCCUGAAUCCUCUCUCCUCAUCUCCGCUACCCCAGAGACAUUUGAGAGAAUUCAGGACAUAAUUGAGUACACAGAUGUAAAAAUAGUAAAGGGAUUCCAGGAGGACAAUAUUAGCACGUAUUUUCACAGGUUGUUCCAUGAUAAGAACAGAGCCCAAGAAGCCUUCAGUUUGGUGAGAAAAAAUGAGCAGCUGUUCACUGUAUGUCAGGCUCCUGUGCUCUGCUGGAUGGUGAUUACUUGUCUUAAAGAUGAGAUAGAGAAAGGAAGAGAUCCUGUUCCCAUUUGCCGAUGUACCACCUCUCUGUAUACCACUCAUAUCUUCAAUUUGUUCACUCCAGAAAGUGCCCAAUAUCCAAGUAAGAAAAGCCAAGACCAGCUGCAGGCCUUAUGUUCUCUAGCUGCUGAGGGCAUGUGGACUGACACAUUUGUGUUUAGUGAAGAGGCUCUCAGGAGAAAUGGGAUCAUGGACUCUGACAUCCCCACAUUGCUGGACAUUGGAAUGCUUGGAAAGAUCGGGGAAUCUGAAAAUUCUUACAUAUUCUUCCACCAAUCUGUCCAGGAGGUCUGUGCUGCCAUCUUUUAUCUGCUAAAGAGCCACGAUGACCACCCUAGUGAGGAUGUGAAAUGUAUAGAGACACUCAUGUAUACGUUUCUAAUGAAAGUCAAAGUACAGUGGGUUUUUUUGGGCUGUUUCAUCUUUGGCCUUUUACACAAAUCGGAACAAGAAAAGCUAGAGGUGUUUUUUGGCUACCAGCUGUCCCAGAGAAUAAAGGAUACAUUGUAUCAGUGCCUAGAAACCAUAAAGAACAAUGAAAGGUUUCAAGAACAAAUUGAUGGCAUGAAAUUGUUUUCCUGUUUGUUUGAGUUGGAGGAUGAAGCCUUCUUAGUACAAGCAAUGAACUGUAUGGUAGAUAUUAAUGUUGUUGUCAAGGAUUAUUCUGAUAUUAUUAUUGCUGCCUACUGCUUAGAACACUGUUCUACACUGAAGAGACUAUCCUUUUCAACCCAAAGUGUCCUGAUUGAAGAACCAGAAAAAAGCUAUAAGGAAAAGCUAUUCACCUGUUGGAAUCAUAUGUGCUCUGUGUUCAUAAACAGUAAAGACAUCCAGGUACUCCAAAUAAAAGAAACUAGUUUCAAUGAGUCAACCUUUCAGGUCUUGUAUGAAUCUCUGAAGAAUCCCAGCUUCACCCUUAAAAGACUUAUGGCAAAUAAUGUGGCCUUCUUUGGUGGUGUACACAUGUUCUUUGAGUUGAUUCAGAACUGCAGUUUAGAGUACUUGAACCUUAGCCGCUCAUCCCUCUCCCACAGUGAGGUGAAACUGUUGUGUGAAAUCUUGAUCCAGGAAGAGUGCAACAUAAAAAAACUGGUGGUAGCACAGUGUAAACUUUCACCUGACGACUGCAAGAACUUUGCCUUCGUCCUGAUGAGCAGCAAGAGCUUAAAGGAUCUUAAUUUGGCAUCCAACAACAUUGGCCUGGGGAUAUCUUCACUCUGCAAGGUUUUGUACCACCCAGACUGUGUUCUGGAGAACUUAGUGUUGGGCAACUGCUCCCUCAGUGAGCAAUGCUGGGACUACAUUUCUGAUGUUCUUAGGCGGAACAAAACUCUGAAGCAUCUAGACAUCAGUUUCAAUGACCUGAAAGAUGAAGGACUGAAGAUUCUCUGUAAGUCUCUGACUCUCCCAGACUGUUUCCUGAAGUCACUAAGUAUGGUAUAUUGUCGAAUCACCUCUAGUGGCUGCCAGGACCUGGCUGAAGUCUUGAGAAACAACAAGAACCUGAAGUGCCUACAAAUUUCACACAAUAAACUAGGAGACACUGGUGUAAAGCUGCUGUGUGAUGCUAUAAAACAUCCCAAUUGCCACUUAGAGAAUCUUGAGUUAGAAGACUGUGAGAUAACUAGUGCCAGUAGUGAGGACCUUUCUUCUGCUUUUAUCCAGUGUAAGACCCUGAAGAAAUGGACCCUAGAUGGGAAUACCUUCGAAGUCAGUGGGAUGGUUUUCUCUGAGACGUGA